AUGUCUGGCUCUUCGUCACAAGUGUACCGUGCAAGCACGACCGCUCCAGUCAAUAUUGCAGUGAUCAAAUACUGGGGCAAAAGAGAUACCACUCUCAAUCUACCCACCAACUCGUCGUUAUCCGUCACCUUGUCUCAGAAAUCGCUACGAACACACACCACGGCAUCAUGCUCGGAAUCGUUCAGUGGCCCUGAUACCCUCAUUCUCAACGGCGAAAAAGAAGACAUCCAGUCGUCAAAACGGACACAAGCAUGUUUGAAGCAUCUCCGAUCACUGCGCGAGCAAUUGGAGGCCAAGGACGAGUCCCUACCAAAGCUGUCCAAGUUAACGCUGCGUAUUGUUUCGUCCAACAACUUCCCUACAGCUGCCGGUCUUGCUUCCUCAGCUGCAGGGUUCGCGGCGCUGGUCAGAGCGAUCGCCGACCUCUACGAGUUGCCACAGACGCCGCAAGAGCUUUCUUUGAUUGCGAGACAAGGAUCCGGGUCCGCAUGCAGGAGUCUGAUGGGCGGCUAUGUGGCCUGGCGAGCAGGAACAAAGGCCGAUGGGAGCGACAGCAUCGCCGAGGAAGUGGCACCUGUGUCGCAUUGGCCUGAGAUGAGAGCAUUAGUGUUGGUGGUCAGCGCGGAGAAAAAGGGGGUGCCAUCGACCGCCGGCAUGCAGACCACAGUCGAGACGUCGACUCUGGCACCCACCCGGUUCAACGAGGUCGUCCCGAAAAGAAUGGCCGAAAUUGAGAAGGCCAUCCACGACCGAGACUUCGAGACCUUCGCGCGCAUCACCAUGCAAGACUCGAACUCAUUCCAUGCCAUCUGUCUCGACUCAUGGCCACCGAUCCAUUACCUGAACGAUGUCUCUCGGGCAGCCAUGAGUGCCGUCGAAACUGCCAACCGCAAGGCAGGCAAGCUGAUUGCGGCGUAUACCUUUGACGCCGGUCCAAAUGCCGUCAUUUACUACUUGGAGGAGCAUACCCACCAAGUUGCAGGAGUGUUUAAGAGCAUUCUGCCUAGAAUCCCAGGUUGGGAAGGAGAAUUUGGAGAAGUCAUUCGUCCAAACGAGUAUGGUAGCCUGGACUCCAAGGCCCUGAUGACUUUGAAAGCCGGCAUCAGCCGUGUCAUCUGUACUGGGGUUGGAGGCGGGCCCGAGAAGAUUGAAAAGCACUUGGUGGAUGAGAAUGGCAAUGCGGUGCCAGUUGAAGCAUGA